AAGACUGUAAACCGGAAGUGACGCCUUCCAGGCCGCCACAAGCGACAUGUCAACAUCUUGAGGCUGGGGGCUGAACGGCGUACUGUCCUGCCAGGAAGCUGAAGUUGGAAGCGACUUAAGUACUGCGAGUCUCCUGCUUUAUUUCGCUUUCGUUACGCUGCACUUCCAGUAGUCCCUGCUGUGCGUAUGCCCCUCCCAACUUCAUGGUUAAACCGCUACAGGGACUAGGGACUCGCCAUGGCCUGUGCAGAGGAACAGAGCGAGAAGCACUGCUGGGUGUGCUUUGCCACUGAGCGGGAGGACCGGGGUGCAGAGUGGGUGAGCCCCUGUCGCUGCCGGGGCUGCACCAAGUGGAUCCACCAGGCUUGCUUGCAGCGGUGGCUGGAUGAGAAGCAAAAGGGCAAUGGCACCGGGGCAGUCAGCUGCCCGCAGUGCGGCACCGAGUACCGCAUCGUCUUCCCCAAAAUGGGGCCCCUUGUGUGUUUCCUCCAGCAGGUGGACCGAACCCUGUCCAGGGCCAGCCCGUUCGCAGCAGCCGGAGUGGUAGUGGGCACCGUCUACUGGUCAGCAGUGACGUAUGGCGCCGUCACAGUCAUGCAGGUGGUUGGACACAAGAAGGGGCUGGAUGUCAUGGAGCGGGCCGACCCCCUGUUCCUGCUCAUGGGUCUGCCUACUAUACCGGUCAUAUUGGUCCUGGGAAAGAUGAUCCGCUGGGAGGACUACGUGGUCCGGCUGUGGCAGAAGCACUCCACCAAGCUGCAGCUUCUCCUCCCUGGGUUUGGGCGGCCAUUGCCACGUGUGCCAGCCGACGCGGGCUACAGCAGCGACCACCUGUCUGUGUCACGCACGCUUUGUGGUGCCUUGGUCUUUCCCACUAUCGCUAACCUGGUCGGCCGCCUUAUGUUCAGAAGGAUUCCAUCGAGCCUGCAGCGCACCGUUCUGGGAGGUAUCGCCUUUGUGAUCAUCAAGGGUAUCCUGAAGGUCUACUUCAAACAGCAGCAGUACCUCAUCCAAGCCAACAGACACAUCCUCAACUACCCAGAGAGGGACAGCUCGGACGGGCAGCCCCAUGAGGACAAUGACGACAGCAGCAAUGAGUAAAAGCAAAAGCACCCCCUACUAUCCCUGUAAAGAGUGAUCUGGCCUUUUUGUCUUUACUACUGUGUAAUUGCACACUAAUUAUGUACAUUUAAUGAAUGUUUUUUUUUUUUUUUAAAGUAACAUCUGUCUGCAAAGCCUUUAUUGUUUUAGUGAAAAGGUUUAUUAAAAUUGUGCUUGUUUA